UGCAGGCCCAACGGUCAGAGAGGAAGUUAAGGUUAGUUCGUUUGCUACUAGCCGGCUAACUUGCUAAAAAAGUAAACAAGUCUGCGGAAUGAGGUGAAAUACAACCGCGGGACGAAGCUUUUCAACUAUGAAGGAAGACAAGGAAAACGCUCGGCCCAAGGAGAGAAAGGUGGAAAUAAAGUGUGAAGAUGGAGAAAAGACGGAGAAGUCCAAGGAAAAGAAAGAGGCCAUGACAAAGAUCGUGAUCAGACGAUUACCACCUAGUCUGACCAAGGAGGAGCUGGAGGAGCAGUUGCAGCCUCUCCCAGAGGUGGACUACCUGGAAUUCUUCUCCAAUGACACCAGCCUGUACCCUCACCUCUUUGCAAGGGCUUACAUAAACUUCAAAAACCAAGAGGAUAUUGUUCUCUUCAGAGAUCGAUUUGAUGGAUACGUGUUCAUUGACAGCAGAGGACAGGAGUAUCCUGCCAUCGUGGAGUUUGCACCUUUCCAAAAGACGGCCAAGAAAAGAAGCAAGAAGAAGGAUGCAAAGUGUGGAACAAUUACUGAAGAUCCUGAUUACAAGAAGUUUCUUGAAUUUUACAAUGGUGAUGAAGACAAGUUGGCAUCAACACCUGAGACCCUGCUGGAAGAGAUUGAGGCAAAGUCAAAGGAACUUGUUGCUAAAAAAACAACUCCUCUGCUGGACUUCCUGAAGAAUAAACAGAGAAUAAGGGAGGAAAAGAAAGAGGAGAGAAGAAGGAGGGAGCUUGAACGCAAGCGUCUGCGUGACGAAGAGCGUCGCAAGUGGAGGGAGGAGGAGAGAAGGAAGCGCAAAGAGGCCGAUAAGAUGAAGAGACUUGAGAAACCACUGGAGAAAGAUAAGGACCAAGUUAAAGAGGAACCAAAGAUUAAGCUCCUGAAGAAGCCUGACAGAGGGGAGGAUGCUGAUUCUGAAAAGCCCAAGGAAAAGGCCAAGAAGCCAGAGAGGCCGAAUAAAGAGGAGAGAUCCACAGGGAGCAGUGAUCAUAAGAGGCGUCAGCACGGUGAAAACAAGGAGGAUCGAGGAAGGAAAGGGGACGAAGAUGGGAGGAAGGAGUUCAGGGAGCGUGACCCAGAUCGAGAUAGAGAGCGCGAUCGGGAGAAGGAGAGGCGGCAGAGAGAGAAGGAGCGCAUCAGGCGACAGGACGAAGAUCGGCGGAGAAGGAGGGAACGGCAGGAUGGAGAGAACUCAUGCAGGAAACGGGAGGAUGAGGUCAAAAAAGAUAAAGAGCGUGUCUUGGAGAAGAAAAAGGGUGAUAACACUGGAGACUCCGCUCACUCUGAGAGGCCUGAGAAACCUGCCAAAGACAAGAAGGAGGACAGUGGUAAAAGAGAGCGACUGAGAAAUAAGGACCGUCCUGCGAUUCAGCUGUACCAGCCAGGAGCAAGAAGCCGAAAUCGAGGUGGAGGAGGAGGAGGAGGAGGAGGAGGAGGAGGAGCAGAAUCCAGCCCCGCUGACAGGAAGCCAGACACUGAGACCCAAAAAGUGGCUGACAAAGGAGACGAUUGAGCAGAUUUCUACUUAUGGCAUUUUAAGUUUGGUGAGGAGAGGGGAGACAGGCCUGUGAGGCUCAGAGCAGCGCUGUGGCGCCUCAGGGUGACACGCACUGCAUUUCAAGCAGGGCUGCAUCCGGCUCUCCCGGUCUCAGAGGCAGAGAUGCGAUUGUGGAGCCUCUUAGUGCCUGAAUGUGACCCUCUUUAGUUUAAUUUGUUAGGAGAGGUAACAGUAACCUUUGGAAAGAGUUUGGCUGCAGGGCACACUGGGCGGAGCCAAAGCUUUCUUGGACCAUAUGAGCUCAAAGUGACCUUAUUUCAGUAUUGUUUCUCCAAUGUUAGGUGUCAUACACACGACAACAUGUCAGUUCAUAUCACAGGUGUAAACCUACCAAUUACUCAACAUGUCAGCAUUGCCAAGCCCAUCAGUAUUGUUUAUACACUGUCUCGAUAUCUGUUGUUGCAUUGCCAUUUUCAGUUUGAAGUGUACACAUUGAAGUUACAUCUUACUCUGCCCGGGGGUUAGACAAUCCUAAUGUAUGUGCAGAGCUUUAAUUCAAAGCUUUCAUGGUCUGUAACUGUAAAACCGCCUCAGACACAACAGUCUGUGCUCACCUGGUUUGGGAUCAUGUGUUUUGUUCAUACAGUGACCGAGGAGAAAUAGCCAUUCCUGCCUAGACUGCCAUGUGACAGCCUCGCCUGCAUGCAGACCUUAAUCAGAGAUAUCAACCUGUGGCCUUUCCCCCUUUUUUCUAAUGUGAAACUCCCCUUAAACAUUAACGUGUGAUGCACUAAACUGAAUGCAGCAUGAGAACGCAUCCCUGCUGGUGAUGCUAACAUACAGUUGCUACUUUUGACUGGAAAUAAAAGAGGCCUUUGCUAAUGUGUA